GUCCCGGCGCCACUGGCCCGGCCCUGCUUCCGAGGGGAGUAGGCGGGCUGGGGGCAGGGUGGGGGCCGCUGGGGACCCUCGGCUGGGCCCCUGGAGCGGGGAGGGGACUGGAGCGACUGACCCCAGCCCUGCAACCGAGCCCACCCGGCCUCAGGUCACUCCUGCGGUUUGCCCAGCCCAGCAUGCAGCCUUGAACCUGGCCUAGGCCACCACCUACUCCAGCUCUCCACACCCCCUAUUUUACUGUGGCUCGGGGUAUAGGCUCUAAGCUCCAAGGUACCUGAGCAGCAUUUCUUCGUCAAGGAUACCCCCUGCAGCUCCAGAGGGCCCUGCGAAUCCUGCUGUCAUCUCUCUGAGGAGACAGCAUGGCUAUUACCUUGCAGCCCAGUGACCUGAUCUUUGAGUUUGCAAGCAACGGGAUGGAUGAUAUCCACCAGCUGGAAGACCCCUCAGUGUUCCCAGCUGUGAUCGUGGAGCAGGUGCCCUACCCCGAAUUACUGCAUCUGUACUCAGGACUGGAGCUAGACGACGUUCACAAUGGCAUCAUAACAGAUGGAACCUUGUGCAUGACACAGGAUCAGAUCCUGGAGGGCAGUAUUUUGCUGGCAGAUGACAAUGAAGCAACCUCACAAACCAUGUCAACCACUGAAGUCUUGCUCAAUGUCGAGUCUCCCAACGACAUCCUGGAUGAGAAGCAGAUCUUCAGCGCCUCCGCCUCCGAGAUGCUUCCAGACUCAGACCCUGCUCCGGCUGCCACUCUGCCCAACUACCUGUUUCCUGUCUCUGAGCCUGAUGCCCUGAACAGGGCAGGUGACACUGAUGACCAGGAGGGGCGUUGUCUGGAGGAGACAGUCCCCAGAGAGGAAGGUGCCAAGAAGACUGGAAAAUCAAAGAAGAGAAUCCGGAAGACCAAGGGCAACCGCAGUACCUCACCAGUCACUGACCCCAGCAUCCCCAUACGGAAGAAGUCUAAGGAUGGCAAAGGCAGCACCAUCUAUCUCUGGGAGUUCCUCCUCGCGCUUCUGCAAGACAGGAACACCUGCCCCAAAUACAUCAAGUGGACCCAGCGAGAGAAAGGCAUCUUCAAGCUGGUGGACUCCAAAGCUGUGUCCAAGCUGUGGGGGAAGCAGAAAAACAAGCCUGACAUGAACUAUGAGACAAUGGGGCGGGCACUAAGAUAUUACUACCAGAGAGGCAUCCUUGCCAAAGUGGAAGGGCAGAGGCUGGUGUACCAGUUUAAGGAGAUGCCCAAGGACCUGGUGGUGAUUGAAGAUGAUGAGGAGAGAAGUGAAGUCACGGCGGCCUCCCCUCAGGCCUCCACUCCCUCCACGUCCUCCACCAGCACCACCCGCCGAGCCAGCUCCAGGGUCUCCGCCAGAGCUGCUCCCCAGGGCAAGGGAGGCCCUUCCUGGGAAAAGCCAAAGGUUCAGAAUGUUGGCUUACAGCCAUCUGCGAAUCUGGAACUGGGACUGUCUGUAGAUGAGGAGACCCCCACUACCUCCAGUGUGCUUGCCUCUCUACCUGAGAGCCAGCCCAAACUCGCCAAAACCGUGAGUACUUCAGUGCCCAGCAACAUCCACCUAGGAGUGGCCCCAGUGGGGUCAGGCUCAGCCUUGACCCUGCAGACAAUUCCACUGACCACAGUGCUGACCAACGGGCCUCCUGCCAGUACUACUGCCUCAACCCAGCUUGUCCUCCAGAGCGUUCCGCCUGCUUCGACCUUCAAGGACACCUUCACUUUGCAGGCCUCCUUCCCCCUGAACACAAGUUUCCAAGAAAGUCAGGUGGCAGCACCGGGGGCUCCGCUGAUUCUUAGUGGUCUCCCCCAGCUUCUGGCCGGGGCCAACCGUCCAACCAACCCGGUGCCAUCCUCCGUCACUGGGGCCGGACCGGCCGGGCCCAGCUCUCAGCCUCCUGGGACUGUCAUCGCUGCCUUCAUCAGGACUUCCGGUGCCACGGCAGCCUCUGGGGGCAAGGAGGGGCCGCUGAGGCCCUCCUCGUACAUGCAGGGGAUGGUAACUGGGGCCCCCAUGGAGGGGUUGCUGGUUCCUGAAGAGACCCUGAGGGAGCUCCUGAGGGAUCGGGCUCACCUUCAGCCACUUCCAACCCAGGUGGUUUCAAGGGGUUCCCACAAUCCGAGCCUUCUGGGGAACCAGACUUUCUCUUCUCCCAGCUGCCCCACUGUUGGGCUGACCCCAGUGGCUGAACUUGAGCUCUCCUCAGGCUCAGGGUCCCUGUUCAUGACUGAGCCUGGCGUGACCACAUCUGGGAACCUGCUGACCAGAUCCCCGACCCCAGCCCCCUUCUCCCCAUUCAACCCCACUUCUCUUAUUAAGAUGGAGCCCCAUGACCUGUAAGCAAAGGGGUUGAGGGCAGUAUGCCUCACCAGGCAAAGUUGAGCAGCAUUUUUAUAUGGACUUUCUAUAGCAGAGACUGAAGCAGCACACCUGCCCUUCUUUUCCCAUGGGAUCUCAGUCCGCCGGAUCCCCUGUCCCCGACCCCUGCCCGGUGUCACCAUGGCCCAGCCAUGCCCAGCUGGAGCACCCCUGGUGUCAGACCAUGGCCUUCAAGAGCACUAGGGGAUAUGCUCUUGUCAGGGUAGUGGGCUGACUUGGUGACGGAGGGAGAACCUCCUGAGAAGUUUGUGGCCAGGGCCGAUGCAGGGGCUCCGAGGGGAACCUCCUAUCCCAUAUGUGAAUAUCUCUGUAUGUAUUUGUGUGUACUCGUGGGUCUGUAUCUCUGUUUCUUUGGGGAGGAUGGGGGUGUAGCUGUGAGAUCUUCGAGGGUGUGUGUCUCCACAGGUCAGCUGCAGAGAUGAGGAUUUGUUUUGAAGAGAAAGCAUUCUCUAGUUCCCUUUGUACAAACCAUUCAGUCGCUCUGAGGCUACAGGGUACAGGCUGGAUCCCCCCAACUGGGUGAGAUGUCACAGCUGGAGCAGGUCCAGGGUAGGAGAAUUUCAGUGGGCAUGUGUGCUGGGGAAGAUGGUGUUCAAAGGGACAAGGGCCUGGGCCGUAAUACCAGCCUAUCCCCCCGAGCCGGGGAUCGCUGCCGGUCCGUGUUGCCCCACUAGCUCCCUGCUCUCUGGCCUGGCUGGGGUAGUCGUGUAGCGAUGCACACCAGGGCUGCUUCCCUUCGUGCUUGUGCGUGCCUGCUGUUCAGCCUGCCUUCUACUCACCUUGUAGGUUUACCAGCCCACCUACCUACACGAUGGCUCCCGCAGAUCUCAAGUGGACCGUUGGCCCUCAUCUCCAACUUUCGCACCUAGCCCUGACUCUUACGCCAGGAAGACAGGAGCCAGCGGAUGUGAGCGCCCCUGCCACUUCUCCUGUCUCUACCUGGCUCCUUGCUUCUCUCCUUCCUCCUCCUGAGGAAGCAUCAGCCAAUCCUCUCUUAGGUGAACCUCUCUCUGCUUAAGUUCUCCUUCCCCUUUGAGUUAGCUCACCUCUCUCAAGCCAAAUUUGGGGGCAAGGCUAAGAGCUAGGACACAUCAGCCUCAGAAACAAUUCUGUUAUCUGGUGAAUCUGGUUAGUGUGAAUUGGUGCCUCGGGCCCUUUGCUACGUCCUCAGUAAAAAAACCAUCCACUUGA